CCGGCUGUCGUCAUGGGAACGGUACUGUCUCUGUCUCCGGGCUCGCGGAAAGCUGCUCGGGGCGCAGAGGAGCUCGCGGUGAAGAAGCCGCUGGAGUCCGGUGAGAAGGAGGAGGAGAAAGACGGGAGAAGGAAGAAGAAGGGACACCCGGUGCUGCUGCACGCGCUCAGCUGGAAGAAACGGCUCGUGGCCGCUCGAGCGAAGAGGAAGGGGGGGACGAAGGUGAAGCCCGCAGUGUCCGAGCCCGGGCACGUGCAGCGGGAACACCGCGAACUCAGAGCACCGAAAUCCGGACACAAACACAGACCCAUCCCGGUCCCCGUGCCCACGGUCCCGGACCAGAACCAGAGGCAGGGUCGGCCCGAGCUGUCCCCGCGGAGGGUGGUGGUUCAGGUGGGUGCUACAUGUGGGGCAUCCACGGGUGAGCUCCUUCGCUGCCUCUCGGACUUUAUGUGUCGUCGCUGCGUAAAACUGAAGGAGCUGUCGUCCAAUCAGAUUGUUCUGUGGUUCCGAAACGUGGACCGAGCGCUGCUGGUUCAGGGUUGGCAGGACCAGUGCUUCAUCAGCCCGGCCAGUCUGGUCUUCGUGUACCUGCUGUGCAGGGACGCGGUGGAUGAGGACACCUCUUCAGAGCACGAACUCCAUGCCACCUUCCUCACCUGUCUCUACCUGGCCUACUCCUACCUGGGCAAUGAGAUCUCCUACCCUCUGAAGCCUUUCCUGGUGGAGUCCAGCCGUGAUGCAUUCUGGGAUCGAGCGCUGGAGCUGAUCGAGCACCUGAGCGGCGACAUGCUGCGAAUCAACUCUGAUCCCCACUUCUUCACUGAGGUGUUUCGGGACCUCAAGAAGCAGGGAGUGGUGCGGGUGAGGGAGGUGGAGAAAGAUGGGGAGCAGCAGGAGAAAGAGGAGAGGAAAGAGGGGCAUGUGAAGAAGGAGCCAAAGGGAACAGAGGAAUCUGAGGAGCAGCUGAAGGAAGGCGAUGAGGAAGGCAAGCAGGAUGAUGUGGACCGCUAACACAAAGAGGAGACCGAUGGUCUUUAGUAAUGAGACUCGCCCGGCAACCAGUGACCUGCCAGGCUUUGAAUGUAAACCGCCAUUACCAUGGUGGCUGACGAGCAGCGGGCUUGACGCUGACCUUUCAUGGACACUAGUUCACUUUAACUGCAUGCUGUCAAUCAAAGCUAAAAGUAUCUGACUGUACACAAGUUACCAUGGCAACCUUACCAUCUCCAGCCUUAUUUUGUUUAGGUGCACAUGUAGGAGGGGGCGGGGACAGAAAAUAUCAGCCAUGACAGCAGCACGUUCAGGUCAGAGUGUCCUAUGGUGCUGUCUGUUGGUUCCAGUUCUACAUUUUGUAUUUUUAACCUUUAUUUAAUCAGUAAGUGAACGGCUGUGAGAGUGUACCGGACUGACGGAGGCAGCAUUAACCUUUCAGGGCCAGGAGAACUACCUGGGUUUGAAACCAGGACUCGGGCUCUGAGACGCAGUACUAACCACAGAGGCACUGCCAUUCUGCUUCUGACCCUCUUUGAAAUUCAAACCAUGUAAACGUGUUUCUGGGCUCAGGAAGUCUCCCUAUUUUAUCUGGGUAACAGGUGACCUCACCUGUGGUUGGUGGUUACCUCCACAAACAUGCAGAUUAGUAUGCAUGUGUAGAAGGUUUUGAACAUUUAUUUUAUGAGAAUAGCGGCAGUCAAACUGUUCUUUACCAGCACAGGUGUGUGCACGAAGCACAAGAGUUUCUUCUGAAGAUGACAGAAAGCUGAGCUCGAAUUCUUUCUUGUCCUCUAAAGUAAAAUGAGUUUGUGCAUCUGGCAAAUUCUAGAGGAGGAGGAAAUGUCUGUGGAUCACGGUCUCAGCUCUGAAACCAAUCGUAGUCAUAGAGAUGAAACUGAUAAGGGUCUCAGCUCUGAAAAGGUCCUGUGCUGCUGUAAAUGGACUGAUGUCCUUUCUGUACUGUCAUGAUGAUCAGCUGGACUGAAGUCACGCUGACAGCAGAUGGGGAUACACGCUCAUUUCCUGUGGUCGUGCAUGUGUAACCAUGUGACAUUAUAUUCAGACAAAAGACAGA